GUUCUUAUGUGUUUUGUUUUGAUGCAGUGCAGGAUGGGACUUUGAGGGUUUUUGAAUGGCCAAGCAUGAAAGUAUUACUUAAUGAGUCUCAGGCACAUGCAUCAGUUAAAAGCUUAACUUUCAGUGAAAGUGGUAAGUUUCUUGUAUCUCUUGGAGCUCCACUUUGUCGGGUUUGGGAUGUGAAUGCUUCUGCUGCUAUUGCCAGUUUAUCAAAAGAGAAGGAUGAGAUGUUUGCCUCGUGUAGAUUCUCUGUAGACAGUUCAGGCAAUGAAGUUCUUUACGUUGCUGCAAACACUGAACAUGGUGGGAGUAUUAUAACAUGGGAUACAACAUCCUGGAGAAGAAGAAGUUCAAAGCUUAUUAAAAGAAACAACUCUAUAUCUGCCUUUAAUGUCUCAGCUGAUGGGAAGCUUCUUGCAAUAGGAACACUCGAAGGAGAUCUUUUAAUAAUUGAUUCGACAAAGAUGCAAACUAACCAAGUCGUCAAGAAAGCUCAUCUCGGUUUAGUCACCGCACUGACUUUCUCCCCUGAUUCAAGGUGCUUAGUGUCAGUAUCUUUUGACUCAAGGGCAAGGCUAACCGUGAUCAAACAAAAGGGUGGAAAACGUCGAAUACAUCUGGGGAGUGGUUGGCGGCGUUGUUGUUUGUGUUGA